UGCCCCCGGGCGCACCCGCUCCGCUCCGCUCCGCUCCGCCGGCAGCCCGCUGCCGAGGCGCAGGGGCGGCGGUGGCAUCCGCCGCCAGGAGCGGGGCUGGGCUCGGCGAUAGCAGCGGCUCCGGCUCACGCAGUCGCAGGGAAGAGGAGCGGCCGGGAGCGCCGGCGGGGCCGGGAGCCCGCCCGCCGCCGGAGCACGGCGCGGAGGAUCGGCACAUCCCUGUUCCGCCGGGGGCGGCUCUGCCAACCCCCCCCCCCCCCCCCCCCUCCUCUUCCCUCCCUCUCUCCCUCCCCGCCCCUCCGGAGCGACAUCCGUGCGAGUUUGCUUCGCUGCCCGCGCCCGUCGCUGGGCGCCCGCCGCCGCAUCUCCCCCCGCCAUCAACUCUGGGGAGCCGCCGGCGGAGGGCACGGACCCGAACUUGCGGCCAGCCCGGCUGGAAAGUAGCGGCAACGCGGAAGGGGCCGGGGCCGGAGCCGAGCACAGCCCGGCCCGGCCCGGCCCGGCCGAGCGGGGCCGGCGCAGCCCCCCGCCACCCGCGCCCCCCGGCCGGGGGCUGGCCCCGCGCCCCGGGCCGCGCUGGCCGAGGCUGAGCGGCGCGGCCCCGCGGCAGCUGCCGCCCGCCUCGCCCCGACGCCCGCCGGACCCGCUGCGAAAGAACCGACAUGCAAAGAGAAAGGAAACCCGAAACCCCUCUUUCAACAAAAAAAGUGUUGGCUUUCUGCCUCUUUCACAUGUUUUCCUUCUGCUUCAUAAUGGCAGGAGCAGGAUUGUCUGAAUGAAGCAAAAUUUGGGCAUUAUUGGCUGAAGAUAAGAUGAAAGAAGACUUGAAAAUAUGUUGAUACUCUAUGACUCUUAAUUCAGACACACCUUUCACAUACGGCGGGGAAUAAAAGCUAAAAGCAUUGCAGUUCCAUCAAAAGGAGCUGAUGGAGGAUCUAUGCUGAUUUUUUUUUUUUAAUUUCUUUUUUCCUUCCCGUUCUCCCAUGAGUCCCAAAAGAGAAAGAUGGAAAGAGUGUGUAUGGAAACUGAAAUAAGGGGAAGGCUGAAGACAAUAACUUCAGUUCUGGAGUCUGUUUUCCAAGUGCUGUAAAUUCCUUUUCAUCAAAUGCAACACAUUGUUUUGAAUAAAUUGUAUCAUUUUGUGAUCAGUGGAGUUUUUGUCAGCUCUAGAAGUGGAAUUUGACCCGAUUGAAAGCUUUUUAAAAAAGUAAAUGUAUGACUCCAAUUCCUUUUUUCAAGUCAAGUUUUUCAAGUUGCCAAGAGAUAGUCUUUCAGUCUCUCACUGUGCAUUGUCAGCCUGUGUUUUAUAUGCAUAACUUGGAGGUUUUGCCUUUUCCCUAAUUUUAGUAUUUAUGCUGUAGUGUGUUUGAGAAAAGUGUGAACAGACAAGGCACUGGAGUUUGAAGUUUUUGAGAUCCUUAUUAUUUCAGUGUUGUAGCUCAGAUUACGAGUAGUCUGAGUAUCUGUUAGAAUGCAUAGUACAUGCUAAGUCUUUUCUCCUAAAAAUAUGCCUUAAGAUGUUCUGUUUUGUACUAACUGGAUCAGAGUUUGAUAUCUGAACAUUGUGUUUUGUUAGGAAAUGCAUGCCUGGGGAAGAAGAGCUGCCUAAUGGAUCAUGGCUCUGAUGUUCACGGGGCAUACUUUAUUUCUAGCACUAAUGAUGUUUGCUGUCUUCACUUUUGAAGAAUCUGUAAGCAAUUACUCUGAUUGGGUGACUUUCAUAGAAAAUGUAAAUCAAUAUGAAAAACAGCAACUUGAAGGUCUUAGUGCUGAGCAGAAGCUGAAAAAAACAGUUCUUCAUCCAAGCUUGUAUUUCGAUGCUGAAGAUGUCCAGGCACUGAGGCAGAAGGCUCAUACAAGCCAUUCCCAUCUAUUUAGAGCCAUCAGAAGUGCGGUGAUGGUUAUGCUAUCCAACCCAUUAUACUACCUACCUCCACCCAAGCAUGUUGAUUUUGCUGCAAAGUGGAAUGAGAUUUAUGGUAACAAUCUGCCACCUCUAGCAUUUUAUUGUUUGCUGUGCCCUGAAGAUAAAGCUGCAUUUGAUUUUGCUCUAGAAUAUAUGGAUAGAAUGGCUGGCUACAAAAACUGGUUGGUUGAGAAUGCACCUGGAGAUGAAGUGCCACUUGGUCACUCCCUAACAGGAUUUGCCACUGCUUUUGACUUCAUGUACAAUUCACUGGAAAAUGAGAGAAGGCAAAAGUAUCUGGAGAAGAUAUGGUCUGUAAGCAAGGAAAUGUACGAGUACUCAAAGGUUCGUUCCUGGGGGAAGCAGCUUCUCCAUAAUCACCAAGCAACCAAUAUGCUUGCUUUGCUUAUCGGGGCUUUAGUUGCAGGAGUGGACAAAGGAUCUCAGGCAAAUAUUUGGAAACACAGUGUUGUUGAUGUGAUGGAGAAAACAAUGUUUUUGCUCAAUCAUAUUGUAGAUGGCUCUCUGGAUGAGGGAGUAGCUUAUGGGAGUUACACAGCCAAGUCAGUAACCCAGUAUGUUUUCCUGGCCCAGCGCCACUUUGGUAUUAACAACUUGGAGAAUAACUGGCUCAAAAUGCACUUUUGGUUUUACUAUGCCACCCUAUUACCAGGCUUUCAGAGGACUGUGGGUGUAGCAGAUUCUAAUUACAACUGGUUUUAUGGCCCUGAGAGCCAACUAGUUUUCCUGGAUAAGUUUGUCAUGAAGAAUGGAGCUGGCAACUGGCUGGCACAGCAAAUUAGAAGGCACAGACCCAAGGAUGGGCCAAUGGUGCCGUCCACUGCACAGAGGUGGAGCACACUACACACUGAAUUUAUAUGGUAUGCUGCCGAAAUCACUCCACAGCCACCUCCUGACUAUGGUACUGCUAAAAUGCAUGUGUUUCCUAACUGGGGAGUUGUUACUUAUGGGGCUGGAUUGCCACACAGUCAGACAAACACCUUUGUGUCUUUUAAGUCUGGAAAACUUGGUGGACGUGCUGUCUACGAUAUCGUUCACUUUCAACCGUAUGCCUGGAUUGAUGGGUGGAGAAGUUUCAAUCCAGGACAUGAACAUCCUGAUCAGAACUCUUUCACUUUUGCUCCAAAUGGACAGGUGUUUGUAUCUGAGGCUCUUUAUGGACCUAAACUCAGCCACCUGAACAAUGUCUUGGUCUUUGCUCCAUCUCCUACAAGCCAGUGCAACCAGCCUUGGGAGGGACAGCUUGGUGAGUGUGCCCAGUGGCUGAAGUGGAUUGGUGAUGAGGUUGGAGACUCAACUGGAGAAAUUGUAACAGCCUCCCAGGCUGGAGACAUGAUGUUUGUGAGUGGCGAGGCGGUAUCUGCUUACACAUCAGCAAUGAAAUUAAAAAGUGUGUAUCGUGUUUUGCUGCUCUUAAAUUCUCAGACAUUGUUAGUAGUAGACCAUAUCGAGAAGGAGGAAGACUCUCCUGUUAAUUCUGUCAGUGCCUUUUUUCAUAAUCUUGACAUUGAUUUUAAAUACAUACCUUACAAAUUUAAGAACAAAUACAACGGAGCUAUGAUGGAUGUGUGGGAUGCCCACUACAAGAUGUUUUGGUUUGAUCAUCGUGGGAGUAGUCCUGUUGCUAGGAUACAGGAGGCAGAACAAGCUGCUGAAUUCAAAAAGCGAUGGACUCAGUUUAUAAAUGUUACCUUUCCAAUGAAAAACAUGCUUACAAGGAUUGUUUACCUUUUCUAUGGCCCAUAUGUCAAUGUUUCUAACUGUAGACUGAUAGAUAAUGCAAAAUCUGGAUUUAAGAUUUCCCUCAGUGUCAACAACACUGAAAAUACCAUCUCUGUUGUGACUGAAUAUCAGAAUUUAAAGACAAGGUUGGAUUACUUGGGCUUUGGUGGUUUUGCCAAAGUAGUUCAUGAAAACAAAGUGACCAAGUUUGGUCUAGGUACUGAAUCUGUGAAAAAACAGAUAAAAAAUAAUAGAGUGAUUUUCCCAUUUGGAUUCAAAGUGAACAUAAUUGCAGGGUUAAUUUUGGGUAUUAGUUUGGUCAUACUGGCUUUUCAGUGGCGGUUUUACGUAUCCUUUGGUAAAAUGUUGCGUUGGAUCCUGAUACUGGUUGUCACUCUGUGGCUUAUUGAAUUGGUGGAUGUGUGGAGCAUGUGUACUCAGCCCAUCUGUGCAAAGUGGAGCAGUGACAUGACAAGGCUAGAACAUGAUAAAGACAAUAAAGCCAAAGAAUUAGAAGGAAACCCAUUUGUUUUGCCAGAUGUUAUCAUUACUUCGCUUCCCGCUUCUGGUGCAGAAAUUUUAAAACAGCUGUUUUUCAAUAGCAGUGACUUCUUAUACAUCAGGAUACCUACCCCCUAUCUCGAAAUUCCUGAGACAGAAUAUGAGAUUGAUUCCUUUGUAGAUCCAUGUGAAUGGAAGGUUUCUGAUGUCCAGAAUGGUCACUUUCGUCUUAUCCAAGGGUGGCUCCAGUCUCUAGUUCGAGGCACAAAGUUACAUUUACAAAACAUUCAUUUAUAUGAAGCCAGCAGAAGUAAAAUAGCUCAGCAUUCUUCCAUAAGCAAAGACAAAAAGAAAAGAUCCAAAAAGAGAGAAUCUCUGUCAGAGCAAAGAAGCAGGGCAAGAGUGAGUCAAGAUAAAGACGCUGAAUAUAUUAGGGAACUGAGAAGACAUCUCAUCUAUUAUCCUAAUGCACGGCCUGUGCUUACUUUCAGUAGUGGGAGCUGGACAUUAAAGCUUCCCUUCUUUCAGGAAAUCCUAGGACCAUCAAUGAGAGCGUUAUAUGUAGUGAGGGACCCACGGGCGUGGAUCUAUUCAAUGUUGUACAAAAAUAAGCCAAGCCUUUACUCCUUGAAAAAUGUUCCACAACACUUGGCUGCAAUGUUUAAGGGGGAAAAUGGUAAAGGAAAAUGUAGUUUAAAUGAAGGUUAUGCCUUUGAAUAUGAAUCAUUAAGAAAAGAACUUUCAAAUUCUAAGUCAAAUGCUGUUUCUGUGUUGUCCUAUUUAUGGCUAGCAAACACAGCAGCAGCGCUGAGAAUAAAUAGGGACUUGCUUCCAACAAAUUAUCAGCUGGUCAAGUUUGAAGAUAUUGUGAGCUUUCCUCAGAAGACAGCUGAAACAAUUUUUGCUUUUCUUGGUAUUCCUCUUCCUCCUGCUAGCUUAAACCAAAUAUUAUUUGCCACCUCCACCAGUCUUUUCUAUCUUCCUUAUGAAGGGGAAAUUUCACCAAGUAGCAUUCAUGCCUGGAAGCAAAACAUGCCCAAUGAAGAGAUUAGACGGAUUGAAGAUAUCUGUUGUUCUCUAAUGGACCACUUAGGAUACCCAAAGUUUAUGGAAUAAAUGCUGCCGGUCAGCAGAAAUUUGCACUACUGAUCUCUGACUCCCAAUUUGUGGAUAAAUAUUAGAGAAGUUUGUUUAUUCUUGUAAAAUGUGUACAGUCUGCUACUUCCAGAGAGAUUAUUUUAAGAAAAAAAGAUGUUCCUGCAACUGUGAGUUUGGUUUGGUUUGUUUUUAAAAAAACCCACCUUUUAACUACUUUUGCUGCCUUUGAAAAAAAGCUGUGUGAACCUUUGUAGAACUACCAGCUGGGGACUCUAUAGCUCAGGGGAUUAGUAAUAGAAUAUGGAGCUUUUCACCUCCAGCUCACCAAUUUGACUCCAGCCCAAGUGGUUAGUACCUGAAAGUACUUACCAUCUGUUGAUUGUAUGACAGCCUAUAUGAAAUUAAACUGGUUAAACUGGCCCAGUUCCCAGUGGUGUAAUUAGCCCCCUUGGACAGGUUUACUGGUACAUUCUGUCUGUGUCCCACUGGUCCCUACAGUGGUGCAAAAUAAACGGAGAUUUAAGGCUGUUCAGCAUCCCUUCAGCAGGAGGAAACAGAACAUUUGAGCGAAUCUAGUUCCUUAUUUACAGUCUCUGCAGACAGGCCCGGAACUGGAAUGGACAUGGAUAUUGAAUAUCAUUAUAGGAUACGGUUCCUUCAGCUCAGAAAUGUGGCACUGAAAUUGGUUUUUGUGCUUUGAUGAAUUAGAAGACUUAAUUCUCCGUGUCUGACAGUGUGGUACCCUUUGUGAGUCUGAAGUAAGCUAUCCAGAAAGAAAGAAAUGGGACAAAAUCUAAGAAACCAUCAGGAUCUCCCAAAUGAGCAGUUACAUUUGGAGAAGAUUUUGUAUAGCUUUGACCCACCUCAACCUAACUUAAUUUUGAAGGCUGUUAACAUCUUGGCUCCUUGCACUGCUUUAUCCUGUACCUCUCAUCUAAGAGGUUCUGCAAGGAUUUUCCCUUUUUGAGUGAGACUCUUCCGUCCUUCUUUGUUGUAACACAUUUCUCUGCUGAUUCUUGUGCAUAAUUUCACUGAGACCAUUGCAAUUUUUUUUAUGUCAUUGUCAAUGGAUUAUUAUUGGUAUCUGCAUAAAAUGGCAAUCUGAGAUUUAGACGAUCUUAAAUAAAUCUCCAGGCCUGCAUUGCUGAGGGAUGUUUUGCUUUUCUGCAUAAUACAUUUCUGCAGGACAACCAUUGCUAACCUCACGCCUCCUUUCAGAGAGGGGAGAAAUCUGAAAAUCACUCGUCCCUCAGCCACCUCACAUUUGAGUGAUGUUUCCCUGCAGUAAACUAUUUCCAAAGUUGUCUGAUUUUUAUCAUGAUUGGUGUUUCUUUAACAUAGUGCUGUAAUAUGAUGUUGGCUUGGAAACAGAUAGGUUUGGUAGGAUAGAUGUGUCUUUGUCACACCUUAUUUUAUUCUUGGGUCACACUCUUUGUUUGCGCAUGCCCAUUAAGUAAAAAUUAUCAUUUCCCAAUUUAACUUGCUCAGCAUUCUUUGGAAAUGCAUGCAUAUUGUAAAUGUCUGCAGAUGUGUAAAUCAGAUCACAAAGAGACAUCUGUUUCCUUUACCAUCUGUUUUUUAUUACAAAUGGAAUUGUCUUGAAA